AUGCCAGCCAACGAACGCACUCCGCUCGUGGGGAGCGGCAACGACCUGCCGAGCCACAACGGCAACAACGCUUCGCACGGUACGCCCAACAUUGUGUCGUCGCUGUGGUGGAUCCUUACGUGCUCCUGGAUCAACGUCUUCCUCGUGUUUGUGCCGCUGGGCAUUGUCGCCGAGCACGCGCACUGGCCUGCCAUCUGGAUCUUCUCGCUCAACUUCCUCGCCAUCAUCCCGCUCGCCAAGAUCCUCGGCGAUGCCACCGAGCAGGUCUCGCUGCGUCUCGGCCAAACCCUCGGCGGCCUGCUCAACGCCACGUUCGGCAACGCCGUCGAGCUCAUCGUCGGCAUCGUGGCGCUCAUGCAGGGCCAGCUGCGCAUCGUCCAGACCUCGCUCAUCGGCUCGAUUCUGAGCAAUAUCCUGCUCGUGCUCGGCAUGAGCUUUGUCGCAGGCGGCCUCUUCCGCUCCGAAAACACCUUCCAGCAGACCGCAGCCCAGGCGAGCGGCUCGAUCAUGACGCUCGGUUGCAUCACGCUCGCCAUCCCCGCCGCCUACCACAUGUCGCUCAAGUCCGCCUCGCUCUUCGCGGGCAACUUUGAGGCGCUGGCGGUGCUCAAUGCGCCCAUCGUGCAUGGAGAGGAGGACCGUUCCGGCCUGCUCUUCAUCUCGCGCGGGACCUCGCUCAUCCUCGUGGGCAUCUACGUGCUCUACCUCUUCUUCCAGCUCAAGUCGCACGCGUUCCUGUACGAGGCCGAGGAGGAGGACGACGAAGAGGAGGAGGCCAAGAUGUCGCCCCUCGCCGCCAUGAUCGCGCUCGCCUCGGUCACCAUCCUCACCGCCUUCAACGCCGACUACCUCGUGGGCGCCAUCGACGAGGUCGCCAACGAGUACGGCAUCCCCAAGGCGUUCAUCGGCGUCAUCCUGCUGCCCAUCGUGGGCAACAUGGCGGAGCAUCUCACCGCGGUCUGGAUGGCCGCCAAGGGCAAGAUGGAGAUCUCGCUCGGCAUCGCCAUCGGCUCGAGCAUCCAGAUCAGCGUGGGCAUGAUCCCCAUCCUCGUCCUCGUCGGCUGGGCCAUCCGUCAGCCGCUCACGCUCUACUUUGAGACGUUCGAGACGGUCAUCCUCGUCGCCGCCGUGUUCCUGGUCAACACGCUCGUCCAGGACGGCAAGAGCAACUACAUGGAGGGCGCCAUGCUGUGCAGCUUAUACGCCGUGGCGGCGCUGAGCUUCUGGGUGUCGCCUUCGGUGUAG